GUGAAAGUAGAAAGGGUAAUCGAAAGUAUGGCUGACAACGAACACGAAUUUGCGAAGAACCCAGAAUUACCAUUAUCUAAAGAAAAAUGCGUAUACACAAAGUGUUAUUGUGAAGAAAAUGUUUGGAAGGUGUGUGAAUAUGUGAAAGAUCACCAUACUGAUGUACUAGAUAACUGUUACUGUGUAUUCAUAUCAAACAAAGACAAAGCGAUACCAUUAUGGCAGCAGAAGUCAAGUCAAAGAGAAGAUACUCUUGUGAUAUGGGAUUACCAUGUGAUAUUUAUAUAUAAACAGUCUGAGAAAGAGUCAUUAGUAUAUGACCUUGAUACGUCCUUACCAUUCCCAUGUGACUUCAAAACAUACUUUUUAGAGGGAAUAAGAUCUAAUCAAACCUUACAACCACAAUUCCAUAGAUUUUUCCGAGUAAUCUCAGCACCAAUAUACAUGCAGACGUUUGCAUCAGACAGGAGUCACAUGUUAAAUGAGGAAGGAAACUACCUACAUCCUCCACCAACAUAUCAAUGUAUUAAAACCAAAGAAUGUGACAAUAAUAUAAAUGAUUUUAUUAGUAUGGACCCAGAUGUUGGUGUGGGAAUGGUAAAACCUUUGAAUGACUUUGUUUCUUUCUUUCAUCAUUCAUAAACUACAUUUCUAUAAAUCUGCCAAAAAAUGUUGGACCUUUUAUUGAGGAAAACCUUACUCACAUUAACUGAAGCAGCUACUAUAACUAGAUGUCUUUUUUUAUAUACAAGUUAACAUUCUAGGUACUGUAAAUUCAGAAUAUAUUGCUUGCAUUUAUUAUU